CGUUUGGUAGAGCUGCGGACAAACGACAGGGUGUGACAGGUCUAGCGCGAGGUCCGGCCCUUCUUUUGAGAUGCUCCUCCGGUCCGCUAAGACGCUUGUGAACCUACUCCAGAUCAUUGCCGCCGUCCCGCGUCGGCUCAAGCACGCUGUGAAAUGCGAGCAAUAUAACUCGCCCAAAGCUGCCUCUCAAUAGACUUUUGUUUGGAACCGCUUUCCUUGGUAGAGCGAAUAGAUACGACAAGUCCGACCUAAGUUGUUCCACACUGUCAGUAUAGUCUCGGAAAUUUCCCAAGAUGCUGGAAUGCGCGAUCCCAGAGCAUCUCCACAAGGAAAGAACAUGCCCGGUUAGCACACCGCCCAACUAUGUUCCGCCUUUCCCUGCGUAUUGCGCCAGGUUUCCCACCAAGAUGGACGAGCUCGUCAUGGCAGUUAUAGGAGCACAGUAUGCCUCUGUCGCUGGAAACGAUGGCACGGCCAUCUCUAAGCUGCAAGAUUUUGUCAAUAAAGCGCCAGAGUCAAAGCGACCGUCAUUUUGGGAAGUGGCUUCCGUUGUCGACAAGAGAGGCGCGUACAGCAUUGCUGUCAUUGCAUACUGGCGCAGCGCAGACGUGCACAAGAAGUGGCAGCAAGAAUCUGGUUUCGAUACAUGGUGGCAGAGUCCAGACAGGGAACAAGAUGGACAUGGCUGGUUCCAAGAAGUCCUGCGUCCAACGAUCGAUCGUUUUGAGACGGUAUUUUCGAACCCCGAGAAUCCAGAAGGGGCCGCCAACAUGCAGGAGAGGAUCUCGGGCGAGAUGGAAGAACAUGCAUAUUGGGGUAGCAUGCGCGACCGGCUGGCAGCUGCUCAAGACAAUAGACUUGAUGGCACCAAAUUGAGCUCUGCCAACAGCAGCGCCAAUGGCUCGCCUGUUAGCGACAACGUUCCAAAGCGCGUUCGUGUACCCGGCAAGCCCAACCUGUGUGUAAUUCGGUCGGGUCAGGAUUGGUCCAACACGCUACCUGAAGAACGCAACCUCUAUCUCAAUACCAUGCAUCCCGUGCUCAUGGAGGGUAUGAGGUUUCUGCGCGAUGAAGGUCGCGAAAUUGGGUGCUAUGCGAUGAAUUUGUGGGACGUCGUAGACUCUAGGUCGUUCUCAGCAAACCGUGAGAGGACGUUCGGUCUCGGUUACUUUGAUGACCUGGCAUCUCUCGAGUACUGGAGUAAGAGCCACCAAACUCAUAUCAAUAUUUUCGGAGGCUUUCUGAUGUAUGCGAAGAAGCUCAACAACGUGUUAUCGCUCCGACUGUUCCACGAGGUUUACGUGCUAGAGCCGAACCAGCAAUUCUUCGAGUACAUUGGAUGCCAUUCCGAGACGAGUAUGAUGAAUGCACAUUGAGUGUAGAUCCGAUAGAUGAAUUUGCAACAAAUGUAUGCCUUGAAGAUUGACAUCUGUAGUUAGACUGGACUGAG